AUGUUGACACACCCACAGUUUUUGGAUGUUGUUCAUAGUCUCCAUAGAGAAGCAAUAGAUAAAGCCAUUGAGAAUGAGAAUGGACGUCUGGAUCUGUUCCUGCGAUUCCUGCUGGGCAUCUCGCUGGAGUCUAAUCAGAGACUCUUACAGGAUCUACUGACACACACAGAGAAGAGCUCAGAGAGCAUCAGAGAAACCACACAGUACAUUAAAGAGAAGAUCAAAGAUGGACAUGGACUCUCCACUGAAAGAUCCAUCAGUCUGUUCCUCUGUCUGCUGGAAGUGAAAGAUCAGACUCUGUCCAGAGAGAUUCAGGAGUUUGUGAAAUCAGACAAACUCUCAGAGAAGAAACUCUCUCCUGCUCACUGCUCAACAAUCUCCUACAUGCUGCAGAUGUCAGAAGAGCCACUGGAUGAGCUGGACCUCAAGAAAUACAACACAUCAGCUGAGGGGAGAAGAAGACUGAUACCAGCUGUGAUCAACUGCAGAAAAGCUCUAUUUUCUGGCUGUGAUCUCUCAGAUCAGCAUUGUGAAAAUUGUGUCUUCAGCUCUACAGUCCUCAAACUCUGUCCUGAGAGAGCUGGAUCUGAAUAACAAUGACCUGCAGGACUCUGGUUGUAAAGAUUAUCUC